GUAUCUGUCCUAUCGACGCAGAAAGGUUCGUUCCCCACCAAGUGCUAUACCGUUCACCCAGGAAGAAUUACAGCAGUCAGAAUGGUGUAUAUACCGUCAGGUGCAAAAGGAAGCUUUCCCCGAAGAAUAUAACCUUUUAAUCAACCACAACGCACCAGAAACUAAAAGUAUAUUGGCAAAAUCCAGUAAGCUCUACAAAUUAAGUCCGUUCGUUGACCAUGCUGGAGUCUUAAGGAUGAACAGCCGCAUUAAAUCGUGCCAGUUUAUUGCAGAUUCGGUCAAAUAUCCUAUCUUACUACCCAAACGGCACUAUUUGACAGACCUAAUAAUAGCUGAUUACCACUGUGAAUAUAAACACCUAAAUCAUGAGACAGUGAUAAAUGAAAUUCGUCUCAAAUUUCAUAUUCCGCAGCUUCGCGCAGCAUGCAAACGUGUCAGGUACAAUUGCCAAAUGUGCAAGAUACAAAGAGCUAAACCAACACCUCCUAUGAUGGCGGAGCUUCCGGUGGCGCGAAUGGCUGCAUUCACUCGUCCGUUUUCGUAUACUGGUGUAGACUAUUUUGGACCAAUGUCAGUAGUAGUCGGAAGAAGAACAGAGAAACGUUGGGGUGUUCUAAUGACCUGUUUAACAGUUAGAGCUAUUCACAUCGAAAUCGCACAUUCUCUUUCCACCGACUCGUGUAUCCUAGCCCUAAGAAAUUUUGUGGCCAGGAGAGGGGCACCAAUUGAAAUCUUCAGUGAUCGCGGUACAAAUUUUAUUGGGGCAGGACGUAUUCUACGAGACGAGCUGCAAAAAGUGGACCAAAAUAAAAUGAUGGAGCACUUUGUAAGUCCGAAUACCAAAUGGACGUAUAACCCCCCCGCUGCUCCACACUUUGGGGGAAGCUGGGAGCGAUUAAUCCAAUCGGUUAAAAAGAUCCUGGACCAAAUAAAGCCAAGGCAACUUCCGACUGAUGAGCUACUAAGAAACAUGCUGUCUGAAGUCGAAAUGAUAAUUAAUUCAAGACCGCUUACGGACGUACCGAUAGACGCAGAUUCUUUGUUUCCCCUAACACCGAAUCACUUCAUCCUAGGGUCUUCCAAUGGUGCCAAACCCCCGAUCGCAUUUAAUAACAAUACAGUUUUGUUAAACAACUCGUGGAAGGCGUCGCAAGCCUACGCAGAUGAAAUCUGGAGACGUUUUAUCACGGAGUAUUUGCCAACACUCACGCGAAGAUCAAAGUGGUUUCAACAGACGCGACCAAUACAGGUAGGCGAUGUUGCCGUCAUCGUAGACAACCGCCUUCCAAGGAAUUGUUGGCCGAAGGGACGAGUUAUAGAGAUCGUCCGUUCUAAGGAUCGACAAGUACGGCGAGUAACAUUGCAAACAUCCCAAGGAAGAUUGGAGAGACCUGCAGUGAACAUCGCAAUCCUGGACGUCGGUUCCAGUUCGAGUAAGUCGGACCAAGGCCACGACGUACUGGGGGGGAAUGUCACCCUGUCUGUGACGAACCAACAUUCAGCGAGUUCCCCUGGUGCUACCAAUUCACAAUAGGCCUAUUGAAGCGACGCUUUAUCCAUCAUCCGCACGAGCGAUACCGAUCGGAAACGAUCUACGAUCAACGAUAAAACAGCCAUGUUGAAUGUAGAUCGCCACUUCAGGAGUAGCAGCAGACUGAACCAGCGGCUUAGCGAAAGUGGUGAUUAUUAUACUUAUAGUUCUACUAAAGUUAAAUUUAUAAUUAUUAUAAAAUACCUAAAAUUUAAUAAUAAGCCCAGUGAUUAUUUUCGAACACAAUUAUCAAUAUUUAAAACGCAUCACCAAGUGCAGAUUAAAAACGGAGGUUCAAUAUUAUAAAUGAGCACUAAACGUAAGUGGAAUCUGCAUGAAAAUAGCAUGAGAGAUUGCAUGAGAAUCUACAAUUUAAGUUCAACAUUACCUACACCUAAGAUGAAUCGCUUAUACGCCCCCACGUGCUUUGAUCGCUCCAACUUACUUCCCAUGCUGAGAGCAUGUAGAAUCUAUAUCACUAUAAAAACCCAUAAUUUGAAAAUAAGGAAAUUACAAAAAAUGUUAAACCUAGUUCUUAAGAUUAUUAUACUA